AAAGCAAAUAAAAAAAAAAAAAACGUCAGUUGCGUGUGAGGUGCGCGCGCGGUUCGGCGGCAGCAGCAGGGCAUACAAAUUAUGCGAAAGGGCAUCCUCCACAGGCAAACAAUUAACAGCAACGACGACGACGCCGCCGACAAAUAUGCAGAAUAUACAGAAUUCAACAGCAGUAACGUCAUCGUCAUCCGUGGGAGCGAGGACAGGAUGCGGUGCAGCAUUGUCAUCAUCAUCAUCAUCAGCAGCAGCAGAUAGCAGCGGGGCAAUACCGGAACACAAAUCCAGCAAAAUCAGUGAUGGCGGCGGCGGCGUCUGUGGCGGGUCCAGUGGCGACAGCUGCUCCCUACACGAUCCGGCAGCGGCAGCGGCCACAAAGGAGGAGCAGCCCCUGGCCAUACACUAUUUGGCCAGCUUUCAUGAGAUCUGCAUUGUGACCGCCCUGCUGCCCCUGGUGACACUCUUCACGUGCUUUGUGACCGCCUACGUCUACCAGUACGACGAUGUACACGAGACACAUUGCCGCGUCUACAAUAUAAUACCCUCGAUAAGUGCAAUUACGGGCGUCAGUCCGCAGCGCUACUUCUGGCGUUUUAGCAUUGCGCUUCACAUCGGACCACGCAUACCCAUUGCCUUUGUCUACAAGAACUACUAUCGGUCGCAGCUGAAGCGGAUCAGCCCAGAGCUGGUGCCACAGGCCAGCUGGCUGAUCAGCCUGAUUCUAGUGCUGAAUUGCAUUGAGAUAGCCUCCCUGGGCGGCGUCACAUAUAUAUCAAAUCGGGAGAACUAUCCCGUGCACGAGAGAAUCUUCAUCACGUUCAUGAUCUGUUCGCUGUGCUAUAUGCUGGCCACCAUCAAGCUGAAUGGCUUGCUGCAUGCUGGCCAGUCGCUGAAUGUUCAACAGCAGCAGUCCAUCAAGUGGAAGAAGUUCUUCUUUGUGGCCUCCAUACUGAGCACCAUCGGUCUGUUGAUCUUCUUUGCCAAACAUCGCUUCUACUGUCACGAUUUGGCCUUCAGCUGGUUCGCAUUCUUCGAGUACUUGAUUGCCAUUGCCAAUAUGCUGUAUCACUUUACCAUCAUCUGGGACUUUCCAUCGCAGUAUAUGGUGAUUGUGCAGGGGCCGCUGGAGAAUAUAUCGCAGUACUUGAGCAGCAGGCCGAAAAUUGACUAGACCUGGGAUCUGUGUUACGCUCCAUUCGUUCGUUUGAAUUGCUCGUGUUUUCCUCCUCUAGUGUAUAGUGUCUGGGGUGUAAUUCCCAUACGAAACGUACAAUUAUUGAUCUUCUUCAACUUUAAACCUAAGCGCUUCCAUUGCAAACAACCAAAACAUUCUAUUUUUCUCUCAAUUUUCUCUCUCUCUCUCUCUCUCUCGACACAAUUCAAAAUAGAAAACAAAAAAACAAAAAGCGGAAAGCGGAAAGGAAAAUGUGUUUAAGCAAAUAACAAAAAAAAAAACGAACGCAAAAAUGUUGCAAUAGUUCCACAAACAUUACAAUAUAUAUAUUAUAUAUCGUACGGGCAUAAUGUCCUUUGUACACAUUCGAAUUACGAUUAAGUGAAUUAAGUAAUGUAAGGUUUAAGUGCACUCAACCAACAAAAGGAAAAACCCAUAGGAGUAGCUCGCAAAAAGAAGAGAAGAGAUUAAAGUAGCAGCAGCAGAGGCCGCUUUCAAGCAGAUCUCAUGUCAAUUCCAAAAAUUCAAGUAUUCAGGAGUUUAUUACAUUGUAGCACUUAGACGUACAUAUCGUGUAUACAGAACAGGAGCAAGGAAACAUCAUCAGCCAUAAAUUGGUGGGGGGAGGUGGGGGAAAUAGCAACGUUUGGUGGGCGCCCUUUUGGGCGGCCCUAUCCCUGUGAACCCCUGAACAGAAUUCAGACAAUAGACAGGCAACGAACCACAAAUCACAUGGGGUGGGGGGGGUGGGGGUGGGAAAUUCUACACACAGACCGGACCCUCUGAUUGACGAUGGAUAAACAAAUCUAGCAAUUAAACAGCAAUUCGACUUAGCCAAUGAACGGAGGGGAAAUUUGUAUUUGGCUGGUUCAUAGCUACAAAAAAUUGUAUACCAAAUCAAAGAGCCUCUCGUACACACAUACAUUUACUCUAGGAAUAUUUGGGAGGAACCGUGCCGAGCCCACUGUAUUCGUUUGUAUUUACAUAUAUAAUUUUUGUUGUUCUGUUUUCUUAAUGCAAAUGUAACACACAAAUUGAAUCUUGUACCAUACACAACCAGUGAAGUAAACAGCAGCUGAAGCAGUCGUCAAGCAAACACUUUUACUCCAUAAGCGAAAUAAUAUUAUAUUAUUAAUAAUUAUGCCAAUUAUGCGAUUGUAUUUGUGAGAGAGAUAUACAGCGUAUAUAUAUACCUACUCCCCUCCCACCCCCCACCCCCCCCACACUGUUUGAAUUUAAAUACUUUGAAAGCAAACCAAAAAUGUAGCUAAACCAAUGGAAACAAUUGUUAAUUCUCACACGCAACAAAUGGAAUGAUAUACAUAUAUAUACAUAUAUGGUACCUAUAUAUGUACUCAAUGGAGGAAUUAUAUGCAUAUAUAUAUAU